GCCGCCGCCGUUGGCCGCCGCAGCUCAGGUCGGGCUUUGAAAGCUCACAAAAAAGUCCGGGUGAGCCGAGGGCGGCGCCGGCGGCGGCGGCGGCGGCGGCGGCGUUGGAUGUGUGGCGGAAGCGCCGGGAGCCGCGGCUCGGCUGUGGGCCGGGCAGCGGGCGGCCUCUCGCCGAGACCAUGAAUUACCCGGGCCUGGGCUCUGCGCGGAGCCCGGAGCGGAACGGCCGCGGCCGCAGCGCCUCUGCCGCCGCCGCCGCCGCCGCCGCCUGGGAGCUGGCUUCUGAGGUGGAGCCGCGCUACGACGGCCGCGGCGUCUGCGCCUUCGAGCCUUUCCCCGACGACGAGGCGGACGCCGAGCAGCUGCUGUCGCUCGCGCUGCUGCGCUCCGGGGAGCCCGGCGCGCUGCGCUUGAUGCCGGGCGCCGACGAGGAGCCCCCGCCGCCGCCGCACCUCCCGCAGCUGCACCCGCACCAGCCCCGCGGCCACCUGAGCCUCCUGGGCAGCCUGGAGCCGUGUCUUAGCGACGGCCACUAUGACUUCAGCCCGGCCGAGGCGGGCUCGUCACUGCGCUACUACCGCGAGGGCGACGGCGCGGGCGGCGGGGCGGGCGGCUCGUCGCUGCAGCAGCCGCAGCAGCCGCCGCCUCUGCAGCCGCCGCUGGACCCCUCGGACGCCCCGGGCGGCGGCGGCGGAGGAGGCGGAGGAGGCGGGGGCGGCUCGGGCGAGAGGAAGCGCACCCGGCCGGCCGGCGGCGCGCCCGCCCGGCACCGCUACGAGGUCGUGACGGAGCUGGGCCCGGAGGAGGUGCGCUGGUUCUACAAGGAGGACAAGAAGACCUGGAAGCCCUUCAUCGGCUACGACUCCCUCCGCAUCGAGCUCGCCUUCCGCAGCCUGCUGCACGCCGCGGCCGCCCGGCCCCGCGAGGCCCACGGCCACGGCCACGACGGCGCGGACCUGCCGGAGCGCGAGCGUGGCGGCGGCGGCGGCGGCGGCGGUGCGGGGUCCCAGGACGCCGACGACGACGAGCGACGCGUCCCCCUGGGCCCGUGCCCGCGCGCCGCGGGGCCCGAUGCCGAGCUGCUGGAGCAGCUGCUGCAGGGCGGCGGCGGCGUGGAGCGCGUGUGCGUGCGCGGCGGCCUCUACGAGGUGGAUGUGAACCAGGGAGAGUGCUACCCGGUGUACUGGAACCAGUCUGAUAAAAUACCAGUAAUGCGGGGACAGUGGUUUAUUGAUGGUACUUGGCAACCUCUUGAAGAAGAAGAGAGUAACUUAAUUGAACAAGAACAUCUCAACCGUUUUAGAGGUCAACAGAUGCAAGAAAAUUUUGAUAUUGAAGUGCCAAAAUCCAUAGAUGGAAAAGAUGGCAGUGGGAUCAACUAUUCUGCUAUUCAUAGUUUCAAGUUGAGUCGAAACCAUGUGGACUGGCAUAGUGUGGAUGAAGUCUAUCUUUAUAGUGAUGCAACAACAUCUAAAAUUGCGAGAACAGUUACUCAGAAGCUGGGAUUUUCUAAAGCAUCAAGCAGUGGGACCAGACUUCAUAGAGGUUAUGUAGAAGAAGCCACAUUAGAAGACAAGCCUUCUCAGACAACGCACAUUGUAUUUGUCGUUCAUGGCAUUGGGCAGAAAAUGGACCAAGGAAGAAUUAUCAAAAAUACAGCAAUGAUGAGAGAGGCUGCCAGAAAAAUAGAAGAAAGGCAUUUUUCCAACCAUGCAACACAUGUUGAAUUUCUGCCUGUUGAGUGGCGGUCAAAACUUACUCUUGAUGGAGACACUGUUGAUUCCAUUACUCCCGACAAGGUGCGAGGUUUAAGGGACAUGUUGAACAGCAGUGCAAUGGACAUAAUGUAUUAUACCAGCCCACUCUAUAGGGAUGAGCUAGUUAAAGGCCUUCAGCAAGAGCUGAAUCGGUUAUAUUCCCUUUUCUGUUCUCGGAAUCCAGAUUUUGAAGAAAAAGGGGGUAAAGUAUCAAUAGUAUCACAUUCCUUGGGAUGUGUAAUUACUUAUGACAUAAUGACCGGCUGGAAUCCAGUUCGACUUUAUGAACAGUUGCUGCAGAAGGAAGAAGUGUUGCCAGAUGAAAGAUGGAUGAGCUAUGAAGAACGACAUCUUCUUGAUGAGCUCUAUAUCACAAAACGACGGCUAAGAGAAAUAGAAGAACGACUACAUGGAUUGAAGGCAUCAUCAUCAUCUAUCAUGCAAACCCCUGCCUUAAAAUUUAAGGUUGAGAAUUUCUUCUGCAUGGGAUCUCCUUUAGCAGUGUUUUUGGCAUUGCGAGGCAUCCGCCCAGGAAACUCUGGAAAUCAAGAUCAUAUUUUGCCCAGAGAGAUUUGUAACCGGUUACUAAAUAUAUUUCAUCCUACAGAUCCAGUGGCUUAUAGAUUAGAACCGUUAAUACUGAAACACUACAGCAACAUCUCACCUGUCCAGAUCCACUGGUAUAAUACUUCAAAUCCUCUACCUUAUGAAAAUAUGAAGCCAAGCUUUCUCCAUCCAGCUAAAGAAACUACCUCAAUUUCAGAGAAUGAAGGCAUUUCAACAGUACCAAGCCCUGUGACCUCACCAGUCUUAUCCCGCCGACACUAUGGGGAAUCUAUAACAAAUAUAGGCAAAGCAAGCAUACUAGGGGCUGCUAGCAUUGGAAAAGGACUUGGCGGAAUGCUCUUUUCAAGAUUUGGACGCUCAUCUAUAGCCCAGCCAUCAGAGACAUCAAAAGAUUCCAUGGAGGAAGAGAAGAAGCCAGUUUCCUCACCUCCCACUACCACUGUGGCGACACAGACUCUUCCACACAGCAGUUCUGGCUUUCUUGAUUCAGCAUUGGAAUUGGAUCACAGAAUUGAUUUUGAACUCAGAGAAGGCCUGGUGGAGAGCCGCUAUUGGUCAGCUGUCACAUCACAUACUGCCUACUGGUCAUCCUUGGAUGUUGCGCUCUUUCUCUUAACUUUCAUGUAUAAACAUGAGCACGAUAAUGAUGCAAAACCCAACUUAGAUCCAAUCUGAACUCUUGAAAGACAUUAGUUGGCCAAAACUGAUUUUCUCUUCUGUUAAAAUAUGUGUCCUGAGAUAUGGAGAGUUCAGGUUUAUGUGUUUCAGUUUUGUUAGGGCAAGAAAAUAUUUGAAUUUAAAAGCACUUUAUUAAAAAAAUGUUUCCAGUCCAAAGGAACUAUUUAUAAUUUCCACCAUUUUGAUUGUGAGUGGUAAAUACCAUGCAGAGAGCCACAGAGGACCUGGAAGUGAGGAAACCGGGAAAAUUCCAGGGUUAGAAAUCUAAUUUCUCCCCAGUAUAAAGGUACAUUAAAGGUUGAGUCACAUGUACUAACCACAAAUAUAUUGUAAAUCUACAGUGGUCAUAAUCACUUGUAUUCUUUGUGAAGAUCACAAGAUAGUAUCAUUGUUUA